UCAAUACGAAGUAUUUUUUAUCAAUAAAGCAAUAAAUUUUACUUUACCUGCUGCUUAUCUAAAAUUAUUUGUAUAGACAUUAUAUUAUUCUUAUUUAUAGUUCCCCUUAAGUAAUUUUACUCGUAUAGCCAUAUCAGAUAUAGCCCCUACUAAAGUAAGAAUUUUUUAAUCUGUAGAGUAAUUUCUGCAUUACUAAAAGACCUAAGACCAUUCAUGGCUAGUCUAUACAAGCUUUGUGAAAACGUUGCCGAGUUGGAUAUCUUAAUUGCAUUGGCGCAGAUAAGUUCAGUAGGCUCAUACAUACGACCAGAAUUCAGUGAUUAUUUGGAUAUAAGGAAUAGUGUACACCCACUACUUGACUAUAAUAGCCAAGUGAUGCCUGUUCCUAAUGAUGUUUUUGCAAGCCCAGAAUACAAUUUCACGAUCAUAACAGGACCUAACAUGGGUGGAAAGAGUAUUUAUAUCAAGCAGAUUGCGAUUAUGCAAGUCAUGUCACAAUUGGGUUGUUACAUACCAGCAACAAACGCAGUUUUGAGACUUUGCGAUCGUAUUUUCUCUAGGAUCGGAUUUAAUGAUAGCGUGGAGCUAAAUGCUUCCACAUACGUGAUUGAAAUGAAAGAAAUUCAACACAUACUUAAAGGUAUUACGCGAUCGAGUUUAGUCAUCAUAGACGAAUUAUGCAGGGGCACAAGUGUAGAAGAAGGAGCGAGUAUAGCAUGGGCUAUUUGCGAAGAGCUUAUACUUAGUGAUGCUUUUACAUUUUUUACUACUCAUUUUCUGUACCUAACACGACUUGAAGAUUUGUACUUCAAUGUAGUGAAUCGUCACACAGCAGUUGCAGAAGAGACUGUCGGUACGGAAAAUACUCAAAAAAGACUUGUUUAUCAACACAAAAUAGAAGCUGGUAUCACAAAGAUAGACCAUUAUGGUUUAUCCUUAGCUGAGAAAACCAGUUUACCAGAACAAACAAUAAAUUUAGCUAAGGAAUUAGCAGAAUUAAUCGCAAGUCGGAGAAAGCCACAACAACGUUCACUGCAUGCUAAGAGCGAUGAUCGCUGUUUGUAUAAAAUUAAUGCAAAGAUAGCACAGGAGUUAAGAAUAAACCAAAGUCCUACUAAUAUUAAAAAUAUUCUAGAAAAAUUUAAAUCUGAUAACCCUCAAAUUAUAGAAAAUCUGCGCGAACAGAAUAGUAAAAGUACGUACAGCAAGGAGCAAACCACUACAAAUACCAAUAAUAAUUUUUCUGAAAGCAAUAUAAAUGAUACAACAACGCGGAACGACUGUAAUGUGAUGAAAAAUCUUAGUACAGAAGAGACACAGACUAAAGAUGCAGGGGAACAUAUUAUACCUGAUUUUGGUAAUAGAUAUACUGCAGUAAAGUCAUCUACAGAAUUACUUAACCCUUUUUUGAAUUCGACAAAUGUAGAGUCGGACAACAUUUCUGAAAUUGCAAUGGAACAUAGCCAACAAACUCAAGAUAAUAUUAGUAAUGAAACGAGUAAUGCAAAAGAAAAUUUUGAUAAUACUAAUAGCGAUCCAAAAACAAUUGAAAAGAGUUAUUCCGCUUCAGAUAAUACUAAUCCAAACAAUAGUUUCAAAACCACAGAUAAGCAUGGAAUUAGUAACGAUGAUGAUAGCGAUUCGGAAAUUGCAAUAGCUUUAACUCAAGUCAUUCCGGAAAAUUCUGAUUCACAAAGUAGCGACAUCUUGUCAUCCGAGGAAGAACUAUUCAUGGAAACUGUAAAUGAAAUACAAGAAUCUUUGUACGAUAUAAAUUUAGAAAGGUGUAUUCUAACACCGCCUGAUGGUUUUCGAGAUGACUAAAUGUUGUAGUAAUCGAAGAAGUCCAUAA